GAGAACCAUAACCUUUCCCAUUCGGCAUCCGACUACCAAUGGUGUCUAAAGUUUUCCAUUUUACCAUUGCAGUUGGAAAGUCUUUGUCGAAAAACUUGCCAACGGUCAACAGAUCGUCCCGCCGCACAUUCGCCCUCACACCUAGGAUGUCGGACGAAGUCGCGAAAGCUCAGAAAGCUCUUCCAGGAGGUGAUACGAUCUUCGGCAAAAUAAUAAGAAAAGAGAUACCGGCAAAGUUCAUCUACGAGGACGAGAAGUGCUUGGCGUUCCAUGAUGUCAACCCGCAAGCACCGGUCCAUUUCUUAGUCAUCCCGAAAAAGCCAGUUGCCACGUUGUCAGACACUACCCAAGAAGAUGAAGGGCUCCUGGGUCACCUUAUGUUUGUUGCUAGCAAGGUUGCCAAAGAACAAGGACUAGACAAUGGUUUCAGACUUGUUGUGAACAACGGGAAAGACGGUGCUCAGUCCGUAUAUCAUCUCCAUUUGCACGUUCUUGGUGGGAGGCAGUUGGGAUGGCCUCCAGGCUAAAUACUCUAUGCAUCACAGAGGCUUGGGUUCCAUAGUGUAUGUUGGGUGCGGUGUCUCUUAGGUAUGUAUAGAAGCCUCCAAAAAAUACCCAAAUAAAAUAAUAAAAAAUGUUUGGUUCUACUUUA